AUGGGAGUGGAUUUGACUUGUCCUUUUGGCGUCUCCUCAGCCUGCGGAGCCCAGGUCUCUUGAAGCAUCUUUCGGGCUGACGCAGCGGAGGUUCCGGGCACGCUCAGCUACUCCUGCCAGGAGGCUGCCAUGCCCCACAUUCCUGAGGACCAGGAGCCCCCCGGAGAGCCACAGGCUGCCCAGAGCCCUGCCGGCCAAGGCCCUCUCACAGCAGGAGUAUCUUACAACCCACCCACCAUCGUCCUGACUGGGGAUGCCAGUUCACCAGAAGGAGAAACUGACAAAAACCUGGCCAACCGAUCUCACAGUCCCCACAGGAGGCUUUCUCACCGACACUUGAAAGUUUCUACCACUUCACUGACUUCUGUGGACCCUGCGGGGCAUGUUAUUGACCUGGUAAAUGACCAGCUGCCAGACAUCAGCAUCUCAGAGGAGGACAAGAAGAAAAACCUGGCACUGCUGGAAGAAGCCAAGUCUGUGAGUGAGCGAUUCCUGACCCGCCGAGGGAGGAGAUCUCGGAGCAGCCCUGGAGACUCCCCAUCAGCUGUUUCACCAAACCUCAGCCCCAGAGCUUCUCCUGCUUCCUCUCGGAGCAACUCACUCACCGUCCCCACAGUACCUGGUUUGGAUACAUGCAGUGGCUCCCAGGACCCCCUGCCUGGAGCACAACCACAGCAGAAGGGGAAUGAGGCUGAAGUCUCCUCACCUCAUCUUGGUGAACCUAAUGCUCCCAAAGGACUAGCUGACCAAAAGCAGAAUGACCAGAGGAAAGUGUCUCAGGGCAGGCUGAUUCCUCGCUCUCCCACAAUUGAGAAAUCCAAAGACAUUGCAAUAGAACAAAAGGAAAACUUCGAUCCCCUCCAGCACACUGGGGCCACACCCAAGGGCCCAGCUUCUGGAGCAGGCAGUGUGGGGAAAAUGGCUCUGAACAGCCCCCAGCCUAGUCCUGUUGAGAGUGAGCUGGGCAAGCCACUCCUGAAGACAGCUAGGGAGGGCAACCCUCUCCCCACAGGCCCAGCCCAGGGAUCUGCAGGGGUGGCUCCUUCAGCCCUCCAGGGGAAAGGCACAGCUGGAGAGUCAGCAGCAGCCAAAGUUGGCUCCAAAGCUGAGCUUCGGUCCCUUGGGUCCCGGCCCCCACUGCUGCGGGGAGAAUCCUGGGACAGUGGCCCCGAAGAAACGAGCCCCCGCUUGCAGAAAGUGCUUGCCAAGCUGCCGCUCGCAGAGGAGGAGAAGCGUUUCUCAGGCAAAGCUAGCAGCAAGCUGGCCAAGGCACCUGGACUCAAAGACUUUCAGAUACAAGUGCAGCCUGUGCGGAUGCAGAAAUUGACCAAGCUCCGAGAGGAGCACAUCUUGAUGAGAAAUCAGAAUUUAGUGGGACUCAAACUUCCAGAACUUAGUGAAGCAGCAGAGCAGGAAAAAGGACUCCCUUCUGAACUCUCCCCAGCUAUUGAGGAAGAAGAAUCAAAGAGUGGCUUAGAUGUCAUGCCCAAUAUUUCUGAUGUGCUGCUACGCAAACUACGGGUCCACAAGUCUCUUCCUGGAAGUGCUCCUCCACUCACUGAAAAGGAAGUUGAGAACGUGUUUGUACAACUGUCCUUGGCCUUUAGAAAUGACAGCUACACCCUGGAAUCUAGGAUUAACCAGGCUGAAAGGGAACGUAACCUGACAGAAGAGAAUACAGAGAAGGAACUGGAAAACUUCAAAGCUUCCAUUACGUCCUCAGCUUCACUCUGGCACCACUGUGAGCACCGGGAGACCUACCAGAAGCUGCUGGAGGAUAUUGCUGUCCUGCACCGACUGGCCGCCCGCCUUUCCAGCCGGGCUGAGGUGGUGGGGGCUGUCCGCCAGGAAAAGCGUAUGUCGAAAGCCACAGAAGUGAUGAUGCAGUAUGUGGAGAAUCUGAAGAGGACAUAUGAGAAGGACCAUGCAGAGCUCAUGGAGUUUAAAAAACUUGCAAAUCAGAAUUCAAGCCGCAGUUGUGGCCCCUCUGAAGACGGGGUCCCUCGUACAGCACGGUCCAUGUCUCUCACACUGGGAAAGAACAUGCCCCGCCGGAGGGUCAGUGUUGCCGUGGUUCCCAAGUUUAAUGCCCUGAACCUACCUGGCCAGUCUUCCAGUUCAUCACCCAUCCCCUCCUUACCAGCCUUGUCAGAAUCACCCAAUGGGAAAGGCAACCCACCUGCAACCUCAGCACUGCCUGCACUUUUGGAAAAUGGAAAAACAAAUGGAGACCCAGAUUGUGAACCCUCUGCUCCCAUGCCAACCCUGAGCUGCCUGGAGGAGAUUAGCCAGGAGACCAAGACCAGGAUGGAGGAAGAGGCAUACAACAAGGGAUACCAGGAAGGUCUUAAGAAGACUCCAGAGUUCCAAGACCUAAAAGAGGAGGAGGAGGAGCAGAAGAGUGAGGGUCCUGAGGAACCUGAAGAGGCAGAAGAAACUGAGGAAGAAAAAAAGAACCAGAGAAGCAGCAAACUUGAAGAAUUGGUUCAUUUCUUACAAGUCAUGUACCCCAAACUGUGUCAGCACUGGCAAGUCAUCUGGAUGAUGGCCGCAGCAAUGCUGGUCUUGACUAUAGUGCUGGGGCUCUACAAUUCCUAUAACUCCUGUGUGGAGCAGACUGAUGGGCCGCCUGGGAGAUCCUCUUGCUCAGCAGCCCAGAGGGACUCCUGGUGGGGCUCAGGACUCCAGCAUGAGCAGCCUAUGGAGCAAUAGGAAACCUGACACCUAACCAGUGUUCUACUCCAGCACACAGCCUACCGUCCUUUCCCCAACCAUAGGGUGUCAGGCCUGGUAAGCACAUGCCGCCAUCAGCCUAUCAGGGAAUGCAGCACCCCUGCAGAAGCUAAUCAUAUGUAGUAGCUGAUGUUCUUGGAGGAGCAACAGAACUGACCUGGGAGAGGAUUCAGUGGGCAAACAAGUCACCUUCAUCAAGGAACCCUAGCAAAAGGGAAGAUCACUGUCCUUAGCUUGGAUGGUCAGGAGAAAUAAAAUACCUUCACUACAGAAGACAGUAAGAAGCUCACUCUCCCUUUUUCUCUCUGAAUCAGAAAUCAGGAAGAAUAAUGCCUAAUGACUAACUCUGACCCUCAGGAUCAGACCUGGAAUUUGGAGUUGCAACAUGAAUAUUUUCCCAUUUCCCAUCUCAUUCUCACUGACCUGCCUUCAGCCUCUAUUUCUCCCUUUAAGAGUCAGACUUUCUUUUUAGAGAAGUAGGAAAGGUUUCUCAGAACAAUUUGUAGGCUGAACUUAGCUCAGUGCUUGAAAUGAAAUGGGAAGAUAUGAAUUAAUAUAUAAUGCAUCUGUACAUAUAACACACACAUACACACAGCACGCAUGUGCAUGAAGACAACAACCCUCCAAAAGUGUGCUCUGGGUGUGUGUUCUGGAAAAAGAAAAUGCAUGUCAAGUGAACCCACAGAUUUUCACUAGGUGUGGGCAGUCACCAGGCACUGGAGAGCUCAGUAAGCUCUUCACAUGGAUUGAAGAUGUUGAAAAACACUGAAAACUCAUGACUUCUAUGUCAAACUAAUGAUCUUCAUUUCAAAUGUAAAUUAUAUGCUGCUCUACAGCACAGUCUGAUAUGUAUUUGUUCUGUCCCUUUGAAAGCAGAUAACUCACCUUUGAGAUAAAUGAGGAGACACUGUGUGCUCUCAGUUCCCACAUGCAAGUAUGUGGUUACACAUUCAUGUUUCAAUUCAAUUGAAAUUUCUAAUCCAAGUAUGUUUCAGAGCAUUUCCAUUUGUUAUGCAUAAAACUGAGUGAGUACACAUCAUUUUCCAGUUUGAUUCCUUAUUCCACUUUUGCAGACACUGCUUCAUUCAUCCGGCAUCAGUUUGGGGGAUGUGUUGGUUUCUCAGUGGAUUUUAUUUUUCUUGUUUGCUUUUGGUUUGGUUUUGUUGCAGAUGUGUGAUUUUGUUACUACCACUCAUCUAGAACUUACUAUGAGCUAAACGCUGUUUUAAAUAUUAUUUAUGUAUUAAUCCAUUUAGUCCUCAAGAUCCCCUUUUCAGAUGAGGAAACUUAAGUACAAAAAAGACAAGUAACUUGCCAAGGCUACUCAGUCAGUAAAUCAUGAAGCCAAAACUCAAAUCCAGGCAGGUUGGCUCCAGGGCCCUGUGCUUUAAACCCAUGCACUAAAUUGCCUUUUCAAGGUCCUCCUACCUAGACGGCUUCCAAUCAUUCCAAAACAUUAUUGGUCCACAGACUAACAUGUUUACCCUCAAAGCUUUGGAGCUCUACUCACUAGUUUUCCUUCUGCCACUCUCUUCUUUACUUCUGAUCACUCUUCAGGACCAGGUGCAAAAUUCACUCUAUCCAUGUGGGCAUUGGUGACCUCCUUCUAUCUCCCAUCUUACCCAAUCACCAUCUCCUCUGUGCUUUCUGGUACCUUUUAGACAUUUUUAAUACUGACCAUUACAACAGUAUAUCGUGAUGACUUAUUUGUAUCUGUCCCACCCUGGCACUCUUCCUCAAAGACAAGGACCAUGUCUUACCCAUUAUUUUUCUGGGUGACUAGCAUGGUGGCUGAUGCUGGGGAGGUUGUCAUUAAAUGUCAGUCAAAAGAACAAGUGAGUAUUCAAGCUGAUGGUCAGUGAGGACAGCUGACAUUUUACAUACUUCCUAGUAAUGAGCACCUUCACCAUUACUAAUGUCUCACUGAGAAAAUAACAUCUUUAUUACCCUCAAUUUAAUUCUAUGAGAACUGACUGACAACCUAUUCUUAAGCUCAAGAACUAGACUCAAUGCAAUCACUCCUUUGAAUGACCCACCUAAAUCAGCUCCCACUUUAAAACAGCAUGUUUAUUAAGGAGCAGGGGCAGGGGAACAUCCUUUAUAGUAACUAGAAAAUCACUGUGAGAGACACCCAAGCCAUGGUUGACUAAGAAUGUGCCAUUAAGGUAAAGAGGUAUAGAUCAUAGCAGACAGACUUUGGGGACAUGGACAGAUGGUUUUUCAUGCCUCUUCCAGUGGGGGCCAGGCACACUGAAGGAGAUUUAGACCUUCAGAGCCAAAGAUAGGAUGCACUGUAUAGAGGCUGUGGGACAGGACUCUAGGUUGGCAAUGUCCUGUCUCAGCCUCCCUUAAAGAAGGACCAAGCUGAACUGGUCCAUUGUCCACUUGGCCACAAGGCCCCCCCUCCUUUGUUUCCAGUUAGACAAAGCCAGCAGAGGAGCCACAGUGGCUCCUUAAUCUCCAACUGCCCCACAAAAGUGCACUGUAAGAAUAUUUCCAGACCAGACGUCACUAAACCAUUUUGCGAGUAAGAGGAAGAAAAGAAGGAGCAUAUGAGUAGUUACAUUUACAAUGGAUUUCCUGAGAACUUACUCAACACUAUUUCUUUUCUGAAAAGCAAGGAGUGUCCUCUAAUGCAGGUGGGACGGUUGCAAACAUAAAAGUAGAAUAGAGACAAACAAGAUGUGUAUUUUCAGCAGUGACACUGAUCUGAAAUAAAAGUUCCCCUCAAAAUGCCUGUGAAGCUGACAUUUCUGCUUAGCCCGAGGACUCUGGGUGUCUACUCUCAGUUAUCAAGAGACAUGUUGUUCGUGUCGUUGAUGGCACUUCCUAAAAUGAUCUUCACUUUCCAGCUGCCACAAAGCCCACAUAUUGCUUCCAUGUACAGCCUGGCAUAAUAAAUGCAGAGGAAGAUGCUGGAUUUGUGUAUCACUGGUUGUUCCUGAUGUUACUAAACCUCACACAGGUGUGCUAGCGAUGAGCUAUAAAGUGUCACAU